AAAGGUGAAUCACAGAACAUGCGCAUAACGGUAUACUCAUGUCGCUGCAUUUUGUCGAUUAUCUAACCUAUAAUCGCUGACUUUAACGGUGUACGGGGUAGAGCGACACUUUGUUCUUUCAUUUCGGAACUUUAUCGAAAUUGAAGGUUUGAUAAUUACCAUCACAAUGAAUAACGAUAAAUGUAUACUCGUUGAAUUCGCAAAUGAGGAUAAUAGUAUUGCCGUCGGAUUUCAAGAUUGGUUAGUAAAAGAUAAAGAUAGCGAGGAUCUAAAAAUUAUUGUGAAGAACAAAACACUAGUAGAAAUUUUGUGGCCGUCAUGUGAGAUUAAAAGUGCUCAACAAAUGAAAAAGAUUGUGAAAUCACUGACCAAAAAGGACUGGAUAACAUCGGCAGUCAGAAUUCUAGCAUAUGGAGAAUGGACAGAUAUGCACCGACAACUAGUAGAAAUUGAGAAAUUUGAUAUCAAUAAUCCAAGCAAGAAGGAAAGAAAGAGGCUAAUGAAAAAAUCUUUCUCUGACAAUGAAGAUAAUUACACAUCUGUAAAGAAACCUAAACAUGAUUCCAAAUUCCAUAAAAAAUUGAAAGUGGCGUCGCAAGAAAAAAUUGCCAAACAAAUUAAAGAUCAGAAGCAUUCGUCAUACACUUUAUCGUUUACAUCAUCUGAAGACGAAACAGUUUCAUCCAGUGAUGACAACUACAAAUCAUUGUUGACUAAAAAGAAAAAAGAAGAACCAGUUAAAAAUGUCGAGAUUGAUAUGAAACUUCAGUCAUUAUCACAAAAAGUCAAUGAAGUAGAAACGGUCACAGACCGAAUUUUGAAGAAACUGCAAGUAAUAGAUAAAAAUUUGUCUCCAAAGGCGCAAAGUAUCUCCAUGGUAGAGUUGACAGAGACAUCAAAAGAAAACAAUGUGGAAACUAUUAAAAUUUUAAAAGUGAUUGCUAUUAAUGAUAUGGAUAAAUCAAUGCAAAACGAGGAGAAUAUAAAUCAAGAUUUGACGCAAACUAUUACCAAUAUUGAAAUAAUGCCGGUAAAUAAUUUUAACCAAAUGGAAGAAUCUAAAAAUAACAUUGAGAUGGCGGACACAAUUAAAGUCGAACAGACUGAGAAUACAGAUGAGAAUGCAGUACCCAUAGGCAGAGGAAUUUCAAUUCCAGACUCAGUAAUGAAAAAAAUCCGUACCUCAGACGUCGGAAAAAUGACUUGCGACCUGAUGAGUCAUUUAUUUACAACUCAAGAGAUUGCCUGUUCAUCGAGAACUGGCAAAAAAGGCAAUAAAGUUGUAACAGAAGGUUCUCUUCAGAAUAAAUCAUUAUCCACCAGCGAUAAAUUUCUUGCAAUGAAAGAUCACGUAUUAUGUCAAUUUAAGACGGUAAAGAAUGCUGAGGAAUUGUUUAAAACAGCGGUGUCCAACAAGUGCAAAAAUGUUGCACGAAAUUUGAAGAAAAAAACAGAGUAAUCUAUAAAAUCUAAUAUCUAAUAAAAAAUAUUCUGAAAUGUGCAAUUGGUGUAACCUACUAGUUAAAAAUACAUAAGAUAUAUAUAAGAUAUAUAAGAUAUAAGAAUGUGAUAUAUGUAUAAAAAUGUGAUAUAAAGAUACAUUUUAUUAUUUUG